AUGUUCAAAAAAUUGAAUCCCAUCAACAAUCUCAAAUUGAAUACUACUGUAAAUGAAAAUAUCAACUCAAACUUGAAAUUAAAACGCUCCUUAUCUUCCUCAAACUCUCAGAAGACUGCUCUGCCUAAACUUAAUAAUGCUGAAAAUAUUCUAAGGUUAGCACCUAAAAACACCCUCAUUUCUUCUUCCACUUCAAAAUCUUUAGCUUCAAAUAAAAUCAAAAAUAAAACAAGCAAUAAUAAUAAUAAUAAUAAUAACAAUCACAAAAAACUUAUCCAAAAAAACCAGCGCAAAAAUGAUGUAGUUAUAAUUGAAAAAAAAAAUAUAAAAAUUAUUCCAAACAAAAAAGAACCAGAAGUUUCUUCUGUUAUUGCCACUGAUAAAUCAAUUUCAAGCAAAAAAUUAAACAAAUUAAAUUUUAAUGAUGAAUUUAGUUCUUCUCCAAUCACAAAUUCAAGCUCUAAUCCACACUCAAGUUCUCUUCCAAAUUCAACUCUUACUCAAUUAAAUGUGCUUGACGCUGAUAACGAUAAUCCCAAUAAUAGUCUCAAUAAUCUUGACGGUUUUAACAGUCUUGAUAAUAUCAACAACACCAAUACAUCAGUAUACAGGGAAAAAUCAUAUUUAAAAAGAUCAAUUGAUCUAUUAUCUGUUGAAAACAGUCUAAUUGAAAUAAUUAACUCAAACAAAAAUAUAAACAACAGCUUAUCCUCUUCUCAAAAAUUAUCUUUAAUUAAAAUGUUAAAUUCUUCAUUUGACUUAUUUCAAGUUCAAAUUAACGAUCAUAUUAAUCAACUUAGCACUCUAUCAACAAUUAAUGAUAUCAAUGAGAUCAAUAACACAAAUAACUUGAAUAAUAUGAAUAGCCAAAAUAUCUCUUCCUUAAUUGAUUGUGCUUCUUAUCCCUUAUUUGAAAGAAUCCAAAAUUUAGUAACUUCUAUGACAACUUUAAUAAUGAAACUAUCUUCAAAUAACAACACCAAUAAUAACAAAAACAGCAAUAAUAAUAAUAAUAAUAAUAAUGAUAGUAAUAGUAAUAAUAACUUCAACCAACAAUUCAACCAGUUGAAUAUCAACGUUAAUAAUUCAACUGAUUCUCUAAUUUCUACAUUACAUGAGUAUAAUAACAAUAAUAACAACAACAACAACAACAAUAAUAAUAAUAAUAAUAAUAAAUUAUAUCCUACCACUUUAACUCAAUCAAACAAUAACUUAAUGAAAAACUUUAAUCUGCUUAAUCUUAACUCAAAUCCUAAAAAUAUUUCUCAAUUACCCCAAAAUGAUCCUCAAUUAUCUCAAAAUAUUCCUUCUAAUCAAAACAAUAAUCCAAUUAGAUAUCCAAGGUAUGGCUCAAAUAAUCCCUCAAGAAUUGUUUCUCAAAAUCAUAAAAACCAACCAAAUCAAUCAAAUCAGUCUAUAAACACAAUCAAUCACUUUAAUGAUAACGUUCAACCAAUUUCUCAACUGGAUAUUAUAUCUCCAAGAGAUUUGAAUGAAUCUAAAAAUUAUGUUAACCACCCAAAUAAUUUCAAUAAAAUAUAUAACCAAAAUCAGAAUCAGAAUCAGAAUCAAAAAUCCCCCAAUUUAAUAUCUCCAAAAUCAUUAGACCAGUCAAAUCCAUCAAACUAUUUACCACAUAAUAACAAUGAGUUCAAUGAAUUUGGAACUGAAAACAACCAGACAAGAAAAAGAAAACCAAGAUCAAAUACUUUUUCAGCUAUAGACAAUCCUCAAUUCAACAACUUUGAUACCUAUAACAACAAUCAUAACUAUUCCGACGAUAAUUUUAUUGACCUUUACAAUAAUAACGGCAAUAAUGGAAAUAUCAAUAAUAAUUACAAUAAUCAGUAUAGUAAUAACUAUAAUAAUCAUCGCAGUAACUAUAAUAGCUAUAAUAACUAUAAUAAUUUUGGAAGUGAUCAAUUAGAAAACUGCGAUAACCAGCAAUUUCUUAACCAUCGUCAUCAUUAUAGUGACAGUACUGAUAGAUUUCGUGGCAACCAUAAUAACUACAACAGGAAUGAUAUAAAUUACUCUAACAAUUACGGGGAUAAUAAUCCUAAUAACUAUCUUAGUAAUCAGGAAAUGAUUUACAGUUCAAAUAACUUUGACAAUAACUACCAUGAAAAUUUCAGAGAGAGAAAUUCUCCUCUAAAUAAAUUCCAAAAAAGGUCACAUACUACUAAUAAUAUUGGAACAAAAUUUGAUAGAGAUUUUGACUAUGCUAAUCCUAUAAUUAAUGAUCAAUAUAUUGAUGAUAAUUUUCAAAAUAAUAAUAAUAAUAAUAACCCUCAAAAUUUGAAGUUUAAUAAAUUUCUCAAUUCACCUUUAAAGAGUGGUAAAAGUUUCAAGAAUUCAAUUUAUGAGCUUGAAAAAAAUCGAAAUAGUUUGGUUGGAAAUUCAAAUAAGUUUUCUACCAAUUUCAAUACUCAAAAUUUCAAUGAUAAUAACAAUUAUUCUAAUAAUAAUUAUCUUAAUAAUAACAAUUAUCCUAAUAAUAAUAGCCCACUCAUCAAUGACAACAAUAUAGUAGUUGUUAACACAGAAAAUGAGAAUGAGGAAUUUGAUGAUCAAAUUGAGAGUAAUCAAAUGAAUAAUUUAAAUGUAUCUUAUCAAAACACUUCGCCGUUUUCAAAUAUCAAUCCAAAUCGAUUUUCAAAAUUGAAUAGUCCUGUGAACCUGAAUCACUAUUCAAAUAAUUCAAACUCAAACUCAAAUUCUAGAUCCAGAUCAUUUAAUUAUAACAAUCAUAACAACAAUAACACCAAUAAUAUUAACAACAACAAUAUUAGUGAUAUGAAUUAUAAUAAUCAAGUUGAUCGCUCCCGCAGUCGUAAUAAUUAUAACAGAAAUGAUUAUAAUAGACCCAAUGCUUCUAGGACUGGAAAUAGCUAUGAUGAGCAUUUCAACAAUUUUACUGAGAAUUUUAAUAAUGAUGAUAAUCAAUUCAACAAUCAAAAUUUUAAUAGACUAAGUAAAAGAUACUCAUUAAACGAUUUUAAUGGAAACCAACAUCAUGAUGAGAUGAUGGAUAACACUGUUAUAAGUAAUACAAACAAGCGAUAUUCUUUAAAAUACAUUUAA